AUGAAGAAAGGAGAAUAUACCUUUUUUCUUUCUUUCUGUCUUUCUUUCUUUCUUUUUUCUUUCUCUCUCUCUAUUUCUUUCUUUCUUUCUUUUUUUUUUUUCUUUAUUUCUUUCUUUCUUUCGUUUUUAUCAGACUGCUCCUAUAUAUUUAUCAAUGCCUGUUCUAAUCCGCUGUUUUCAACGGCUUCUGACAUACUUCAAAUCUAUCUAUCUAUCUAUCUAUCUAUCUAUCUAUCUAUCUAUCUAUCUAUCUAUCUAUCUAUCUAUCUAUCGUGUGUUCACAUCUAUCUAUAUAUCUGUCAUAGUGUGUUCAUAUCUAUCUAUCUAUCUAUUGUGUGCUCACAUCUAUAUAUCUGUCAUAUUGUGUUCAUAUCUAUCUAUCUAUCUAUCUAUCUAUCUCAGUCUGUUCACAUCUAUCUAUCUAUCUAUCUAUCUAUCUAUCUAUCUAUCUAUCUAUCUAUAUUAUAUAUGUACUGUGUGUGUGUGUCAUAA